GGUCAUCAUUUCUAGAGGCAGAGAGAGGAGAAUAAAACUGGAGGAUUGUGGAGAAAUCAGUUAGCUGCCCUCACUUCAGAUGCAGUGAAGUCUACAUUAUUUCCAGUCACAGACACUUAUAUAUCUCUUACAACAGACUAUUUUCCAGUUCCAUUCACCCAAAUAAAUGUAAAAGUAUGGCUUUGAUAACUAUUGAAACACACAAAAAGCCUAGAUACUGUCUUCUUGCUAUUGUGUAUAGCCAAACAAACACCCUACUUCUCCUUUUAGCAGCUUCCUUCGUCUCCUUAAUGACCAGCUUUCUUUCUCUCUUAGCCCUCACACUUCCGUGUCCUUGGGCUCUUCUGAUUUGAAAAUAAUAUAAAGUUAUCUCCUGUGUAUUCAAGGAAAUGCAGUCUCCUUUAAAGUCGGCGGAGGAUGUGUAUAGCGUUUGUAACAGACUGAAUUUCCAGCUGGGUUUUCCACAUGGGAGACCAAUCAGCCCGGGGGGAUUUUUUCCUCUUCUGGUCAAUGAACAGAAUUUAUGAUAUAAUGUGAAACUGUACUGAACCUUGUGGGGAUAUUCUCUGUAAUGUUUCCCCCUUCCAAAGAAGGGUCAGAGGUCAGGUUUAACAGAGUGUGCCCGCAGCUGGCAGAGGUUUAGCAUCUCGUUCAAGGGCAGUUAUGCACUGACACGAGAGGUUUCACCCCGCUUCUCAUAUGUUGAAGGACAUCCUCUUUAUCCGCUCCGCCACCCUAUUUACCCUGUCGCACAGGGUCCUGAGCUCCUCUGCCGCACCUUAUCAGCUGAACCAACUCGAGCUUGUUACUCUGUUUACCAACAGUGCAGCUUUUAGAAGGUGCAGGUGGGGAAUAAACCUCAUUAUAUUGCAGUUUGCAUUGGCACAGCUCUUCUUAGCAGAGAGAGAGACCUUGGCUGCGGUCCUGCUUGGCUGCCUGUCCCUGUGAAGUGCUUCCCAGUGUGAGCGCACAGAUUCCACCUGUCCAGACAGGUUCAGCUGUUUGAGAAGAUGGUGGAAAGGGAGGAUGGAGUCCCGCUCUACAGCCAGUACAUGGAAGUAAACUCAAUUUCGCAGAGUGUUCAGGACCGUUAUCUGAGGCUGACCAACGGGAUUUUCCUCAAUGAGGUCAUGAGGGUCAUAGACCCCAACCCCAAGGUGGAACGGCUGUAUGACAGCGCGAGAGAUGACCACCUGCUGAGAGUCCAGAACUUUUCUAUUUUAAAUCGACACCUGAGAGCCUUCUACCAGGAAGACCUGCAGCAGUUGAUACUGAUGCCUCUCCCAAACAUUGCCAUUCUGGGGCAGGACCCCCUAACAGAGGCAGCCGUGGAAGAACUCAGGCGACUGUUGCUGCUUUUACUAGGAUGUGCUGUGCAGUGUGAGAAUAAGGAGACGUUCAUUCAGCAGAUCCAGUCUCUGGACAUUGAGACCCAGGCAGGCAUCGCCAACUGUAUUCAGCAGGUGACUCAGGACCCUCAGACGGUGCUGCCGCUUCAGUGGGAGGAGCUGGUGGAGGUGGAAGGUGCGGACUUACAGCUGGUGUUUAGUUUGAUGGCCAAACAGAUUCAAAGCAUGCUGGCGCAGAGAGACACACACCUGCAGAGGAUAGCAGAGCUGUGUCGGGAGCGGGAGGCCCAGACUGACUCAACCACGGCGCCCCUGGGUGGUCACAGUGAGGAGCCACCCCAAGGUCUGGCGCUCCAGCUGGCAGACAGCAAGGCCAAACUCCGCCGCCUUAAACAACAACUGGAAGAUAAAGGUGAUCAGAUAUUGGAUUACAAGCUGGAGAUUCAAACCAUGGAAGAACAGCUAAAAAAACUUCAGAAAGAGAGCCGUUCUCUGCAGGGUGAGGUGAGGGGCAUGCGAGCACUGCGGGAUGAGCUGGACUGCGCCCGUGAACGAGCUGCGCGGGCUGAGCAGCUCCAGACUGAGCUUCAGAGCUGUAAACACAGAUUGCGUAGCCUGGAGCUCACACGCACUCAGCUGAAGGAGCAGCAGCAGCUGUGUGCAGCUCUGCAGGAGACCAAAGCUCUCCUGGAGGAGCAGCUGGCGGACGCACGGGCGCGCUGCUCCUAUCUAAGAGAGCUGGAGAGGGACAAUCUUCUGCUGCGUCACAGGAUCAUAGAUGUUGAAGCGGAGCGGGACACCGAGAGGCAGCGAGUUGAUGAGCUGCUGGAGAUCAACAUGAGCCUGGAGGCGGACCUGAGGCACAGCAGCAGCGGUGGCCAUGGUGGCGCCGUUCCCCCACUGGUCGAACCAGUUCACCACCGUUUCCUCCAAUCAGAACUGGAGUCUGACGAGGAGCCGAACGAAGUGAUUGAUCAGAAGCCGCUGAGCGUGGAAGUAGGCGAGGCGUCGACGCUGAGGCUGCUGGGAGCGGAGCAGGAGAACGCAGAGCUAAGGAGACGUCUGGAGGAGCUACAGGCUCAGCAGGAGGCUGAUUCGCCAGAAGCAAAGGAUGAGCUGGCCUGCCUGGAGACGGAGCAUCAGAACACACUCAGGGAGUUUCAAAACUUGAAGAAUGAAAACGCCACUUUGAAGCAGCGACUGGAACAAAUGGUGACCAAGCUGCAACACGUAGAAGAGAAGAGGAGCGAUGAAGGUGUGAAGAAGUCAGAAAGAGAGGAGGCGCAGAAGGAGGAGAGAGGAGUCCAGGGCUCUGAAUCCUGCAGGGGAGAGGGUGAGGGAACGGUGAGGUUGAUGGAGGAGAGGGAGAGAAGAGGAGAAAUCAUUGGGAUACAAAGGGAAGCAGGGGUUGGUGAGGAGGUUCUCCACGUUCAAGGUGGAAAAGCAGAACUGUGCGAUGAGGAGAUCCAGUCCAAACGCAGGGGGGAGGCAGAAGGAGGACGGAAAGACAGAGAAAAACAGGAGAAGGAAAGUGAGCUAAAGAAAGAACAGACUGUAGUAACAACAAGCUCAGAGAUCCUAAAUCAUCCAAAAAGCAGAGAAGAUAAUACAGACCAGGACCAGACCACAGCUGCAGACCAGGCUGUAUGCUCCCUGUCUGGUCCUGAUGUCGAGCCUCUGAUGACCCAGCUCCAGGAGGCCCAGGAGGAGGCUGACAGACAGGCGAUGGUGGCCCAGGACCUGCGCUCCAAGCUGGGUGAGCAGAGCAAGAAAGCCUGGGAGGCUGAGCAGCGGCUGGUGCUGCUCGAGGCCGAACUGCAGCAUCUGAAGAAAGCUUCAGAGAGUCUGGGAGAGGCCCGCAGGCAGAUAGAGGUUCUUCAGUCAGACGGUCUGGUUAUGGAGGAGGAGCUGUGCCGCCUACGGAGCCAAGAGGAGCUUCACAGGAUGCAGACCACGGUCAUCGCCACCCUGGAGGGAGAGCGAGCAGCACUGGAGAGAGACAGGGACACGUUACGCAGCACCGUGGACGCUCUGCGCACAGCCCAGCGCAAGGGCGACCAGUUAGAGCUGACCACCCAGACUCUCAGGGCAGAGCUGGAACGUCAGGCACGCAGUUUGGAGACUUCUCGACGUCGGGAGGAGGAGUUGGAUGCAGAGCUGCGUGAGGCCACCGUGGAGGCCGAAUCUCUGGCCCGGGCACGAGACCAGGCGCUGCUGGAGGCCUCACGUCUGGAGCAGGAGAAAGAGGUGUGUCAGUCGGAGCUGGACGGCCAGCGGAAGGAGGGGAGGCAGAGGGAGAGGGAGGCGGCGAGACUGAGGCAGCAGCUGGAGAGCACGACCUUGGCCCUGGAGCACAGCAACCAGAGAGCUCGGGCUCUGGACACCGAACACAGACGUGUGUGUCAGCAGCUGUCUGAGUCUAAGGAGCUCUGCACUCGGCUGCAGGACCUGGAGAAAGAGCUCAGCACUCGAUUAACCAGCAUGGAGGAGGAUAAACAGCAGCUGCAGGAGCAGUACGCAGAUGCUCAGGCCAAGAUUAGCUCUCUGUCCCAGGACCUAUCCAAUGAGCAGGCUCGUUCUCACGGUCUGUCCACUGAAGUCGAACACCUGAGAUUGAAACUACAAAAAGCUGAGGCCGAACUUAAGGGGGCGACUAAUUCUCUCAACCAAUCACAGGAGAGAAUAGAGUCUCUCUCACAUUCCCUUAAGAAAAGUGAAUCUCUUCUCCAGCUGGAAAAGAGAAGAGGAAGUGUGGACACGGACGCUACGCUUAAUUCAAAUUCAGACCCCUCAAACGAAUCGCAUAUUUGUCAGACACAAAUCCAGGGGACGUCACCUCUGGAUCAAUCCCCCAAGGUUGGCAAAGGUCAUGACCUUUCCACGACCCAUGAUUAUGCCACAGGAGAGACAGAGAGGCAGCUGAGUGAGAGGUUGAUAGAACUGGAAAAAGAGAAAGCGGUGGUGGUUGCAGGGCAGGAGGCUUUGCUGUCACGGCUGUCCCAGUCGCAGGAGGCGUGUGAGCACCUUAAGGAGCAGCUGGAGGCUCUGCGCCGAAACUCCCUCAGCCUGCAAGACUCCUGCACCCGACUGCAGACACUCAACACCCAGCUACAGGUGGAGCAAGCGUCACUGAACUCCCAGCAUGCAGCAGUGCUGGUGCGUUGCAGUGAGAGUGAGGCCCGGUGCGCGGCUCUGGAGGCUGAGUCCAAGGUGUGGGCGCGGGAGCGGGAGGAGUCAGCGGCCAGGACGGAUGUUCUGAGGCGGGACCACGAGCGGAUGACGGCACUGCAGCAGCGGCAGGAGGUGGAGCUGGAGGAGCUGCUGGAGAAACACUCUCAGCUACGGAGCAACAACCGCAGCCUCGAGGCCCAGCACAGGGAGCUGGAGGCCAGGUACAAGGAGUUCCUGGAUGGUAAAACCCAGCUAGAGGAGAGAGAACGAGAGAUGAAGACGGAGAGAGAGGAGAUGGAAGCAGAGGCCCAGAAGAGGAUGGAGCAAGAACGGGAGCUGGAGAGGCUGAAAGAUGACAACGAGAGGCUGCAGGCCCAGCAGAAGGAGGGGUUGGCGUCACAGGCGGAGCUGCUGGCUCAGGGCUCGGUGCUGAGGGGGGAGCUGAGCGCCUCCCAGCUGGAGAGGACUCGACUGGAGGGGGAGCUCAGCGCCCUGAGGGAAACCAACCAGAGCCUGGACCUCAGCAACGCCCGCCUCACCAGCCAGUACCAGCUGUUGACCCAGCUGAAGGGGAACAUGGAGGAAGAGAACCGGCAGUUAGCAGAGCAGAACCAGGGUCUGCUGAAGGAGAACCGGACUUUACUGGAGCAGAGCCUGGAGCGCCGUGACCAGCAUUAUACGCAACAGAGGGAGUACCAGGAGAAGCUGAGCGAGCUCCGUCGGGAGAAGCAGAAGUUGGUGGAGAAGAUUAUGGAUCAGUAUAGAGUCCUGGAGCCCAGCAUGCAACCUCCAACCAGCAAGGCCAAGAAAUCUAACUGGAUUGCAGACAGGAUGAAGAAGCUAAUCAAACCCCGAGGAGGAGGAAGAGAGGGACGCGCCCUCUUCACCGCCGCGGGCAGUGUGGAAAAUCUGGCCGACAGCACUGAAUUUACAUCAGACACACCUCAGCAUGACCCUCGCAGUGCUCCUGUCUCUCCUUCUCCCUUGAGAAAAAUGCCGUCUCAGACAGAGCCGGACAUUUCGGCUCCCGGGUCUCCAGCCAUGCGCAGCGGCUCCGGGGGCCGUCGUAAGCUGGGGUCCCGUCACGGCUGGGGGUUGGGCUUGGCCAGAGGAGGCUCUGGAGUGUCUCAGUCCUUCAGUCCCGGCGACCACAAGACACCACCCCGCAUGCGGCUGCGCUCCAGCCAGAACACCUCCUCCUCAGUCCUCUGGGAGGGAGAGAAAGGCGAAACAAACGCUCCUCAGGUAGCAGACACACCGCUGACCAGUCUGGAGAGUGUCGAGGAUGAUGAAGGCAGAGACAAUCAACAUCCCAGUGACGACAUCCCGACGGCCUGAACUACAGUCAGCUCACAAUUAAAAAAGAGACAUUUUAUAGUAUUUGCUCACGACAAUCUGUUUUUGUGUGUCUGACUUAAAUAUGAGACCCUCCUAGUAUUUUUGAAUACAUGAAUGAAUAAAUUCUUCAGUUAAUAA